GAAAUACGGCUGUCAUCCUAUUUGCUAUUUUUCGGUUUUCGGAAAAAGACCCGAAAACUCCCAUCUUCUGCUGAAUGGAAGGAAGCCUGAAGUGAAGGGUGAAACGACAAGGUGAUUUCUUGAUUCUUGAAGAUCUUCCUGCAGGCGCACGACAUCCAUUAUGAAACCACAUGCAUUCUUCGACCGGCUCGCCGCGGCUAUUUUGCUAGUACAGUAUGAUUCCCUCGGUUGCCUUCCAGAAUCAAAUCAUAUAUCUAUACGGGGCAUCUUUUUGUUCGCAUGCUAAUUCAUUUGCACCAGAACGGCCCAGGUCACCGCGCAGGACGUGGCUGCAGCGCCCAGCCCGACACCCACAUCGCGCGACUCCUUCGCCGAUUGCCCGACGGUAACGGAAACGCGCGACAUCUGCUCGACGUGCAUGGUACCCAUGUGCCUCUUCCUGUCGACGGUGACGCAGUGGUGCGGAUGCCCCGAGCCGGUGCCGACCGAGUACCUCGAUUUUCCCUGCGGGGGCGAGAACGCGUGCGGCGACUCCGGCCUUGGGUGCUCGACGACGUACGAUGUGGUGCAGGAGGAAGGAGCGGCGACGUGUGAACCGGGACAGCCGCAAAACCCCCCUCCUUCGUCGUCGUCGUCGUCGUCGUCGUCGUUAUCCUCCCUCUCCUCUCCCUCAUCCUCCUCUGGGACGAACGCUGAGGACGACGAUGAGAACGACGCGACGAGUAUGACGGCAGAGAUAACGACGACGCCCGUGCCAACGACGGGGGUUUCUGGGGACGAGACUGAGUCGGUUUCUCAGUCGCCGCCCGCUACGGUCACGGAGAACUCGGCGAGACGGCGGGUGCGGCCGUUUUGGAGGUGGUAGAGGGGAUUCGUUGGUGAGGUGAGAGGACGUCGCUA